AUGUGGCUUGUACCCCUGCUAAUCAGCAGUUUAGGGCUGAGGCUGGCGACCGCUACAGAUAUCGAUCAGACCAUCGUUGCGUCUGAAUAUGAUUUUCCCUUCAUCACCAACAGCGGCGCGUCUCUUUUCCCCAUGCGCCCGUGUCGUGGGGUUCAGCUGGAGGAGGCCGACAUCGACCAGAUUCAGAUUUAUUUGACCCACGGUGUCUUGACAAGUGUCGAUCUGCUGCAUUGCUAUUUGGAACGCAUCUUCCAGACCAGUGGUUAUCUCAAUGCUAUCCUCCAACACAACCCCGACGCGUUUGCCAUCGCAAAAACUCUUGAUGAAGAGCGUGCCCAGGGAAAGGUUCGCGGGCAUCUGCAUGGUAUCCCGUUCAUCGUCAAGGACAACAUCGCCACCAAGGACCGUAUGGAAACCACUGCCGGCAGCUGGGCCUUGGUAGGCUCCAUUGUCCCUCGCGAUGCCUUUGUCGUGGAUCGGUUACGUAAAGCGGGAGCACUAUUGCUGGGGAAGGCAGCGCUGAGCGAAUGGGCUGAUAUGCGAUCGAACAACUACUCUGAAGGAUAUUCGGGUCGUGGUGGGCAGUGUCGCAGUGCGUAUAACCUCACUGUAAACCCAGGGGGAAGUAGUUCGGGGUCCGGUGUGGGGGUUGGAGCGAACCUCAUUCCCUUUGCUCUCGGAACUGAAACAGACGGCAGUGUGAUCAAUGCUGCACAGCGGAAUGCUGUGGUUGGCUUCAAGCCCACGGUCGGGCUCACAUCUCGUGGCGGUGUGAUCCCCGAGUCGCUUCACCAAGAUUCUGUCGGUGCGUUUGGAAAAACCGUGCGCGAUGCAGUCUAUGCAAUCGAUGCAAUUUAUGGCGUUGAUCCCCGCGAUAACUAUACAUUGGCGCAGACGGGAAAGACCCCAAGUGGUGGAUAUGCGCAGUUCCUGAGUAACCGCUCCGCUCUCCAUGGCGCUGUUUUUGGUCUACCAUGGAAAUCAUUUUGGCAAUUCGGCGAUCCCGACCAAAUUUCCCAACUCGUUGAACUUAUCGAAUUGAUCAAGGAGGCUGGUGCUACCGUUAUUAAUGGCACCGAGCUCCCACAUUAUGAAACUAUAGUGUCACCUGAUGGCUGGGAUUGGGAUUAUGGAACCACACGAGGAUAUUCCAACGAGUCUGAGUACACUUAUAUCAAAGUCGACUUUUAUAAUAACAUCAAAGCAUAUCUAGCAGAGCUCGAAAACACGACUAUCCGCUCACUUGAGGACCUGGUCCAGUAUAAUACUGAUAAUUACGGCUCUGAGGGCGGCUAUCCGGGUAUUCACCCAGCUUUUGGCUCCGGUCAAGAUGGCCUUGAAGCUUCUUUGGCUUCGAAAGGGAUCCAGAAUGUAACAUACUGGCAGGCACUCUCGUUCUGCCACCGCACCACCCGCGAAGAAGGAAUCGAUGCCGCUCUCAAGUACGGGAACCGACAAUUAGAUGGUCUGCUGGUACCUCCGGAUGUUGCACAGAGUGUCCAGAUCCCCGCGCAGGCAGGAUAUCCAGUCGUCACAAUCCCAGCAGGGGUUAAUAAAGUUUCUGGCAUGCCAUAUGGACUUGCGAUCUUCCAAACGGCUUUUGCAGAACCAUCCCUAGUCAAGUAUGCUAGUGCGAUUGAGGAUGUACAGAGAGUGACGAAUACACCGUGGAAGCGAACAUUGCCACAAUGGCGGGGUUAUCUGACUCGUAACGUCCCUGUUCUCAAUGCCUAG